AUGGCUGGAGGUAUCAAAGAGAAGAUCAAAAAACGCGAGCGCAUUUUUGCUGCUUUACGUCGGCAUUUGCAAUUCUUGGCGACAUAUGACCCAGCGGUCAAUCAGGGACAGGUUCAAUCACGUUUGGACAAAUUAGAGGCAACAUGGGAUGAUUUCUAUGAGCUUCAGGAGGAAAUUUUUGAGCUGGAUGGAAAAGGGGAAUAUGAACAGGAGACGAACAAUGCGAAUGCUGAAUUUGAGACGCAGUAUUACGAACUUCGGGCUUCCUUCUUGGAAAAAUUGGCUCCUCAGGCGCAGGUGCCGAACUUUGACAAUUCAGUGCGGAACAACUGUGCGUUGGGGUUGCACACAGGGGUGCGUCUGCCACAAAUUUCUUUGCCGGAGUUCGAUGGUGACUACAAGGGGUGGUUGUCCUUCAAGUCAACGUUCGUGUCCCUGAUUCAUGACUCUAAUGAACUCAGCGAUGUGCAGAAAUUUCAUUAUUUGAAAUCUGCAUUGAAAGGAGAGGCAGCCAAAUUGAUCGAGUCCCUCACAAUCACCAACGACAACUACGCUAUAGCAUGGGAUACUAUCACCAAGCGAUAUUCUAACGAGUAUUUGCUCAAAAAGCGGCAUCUACAGGCGUUGAUGGAAUUCCCGAGGGUUGAUAAGGAGUCGGCUUCAAGGAUCCACGGAUUAGUCGAUGAGUUUGAUCAGCGGUUGAAAAUUUUGAAACAGCUUGGCGAAAAGACGGAGCACUGGGGAGCGAUGAUCGUGCAUUGGAUGUGUUCAAAGUUGGAUACGCACACGCUGCAGCUAUGGGAGGAUCACGCGGCAUCGUUACGAGAUCCAUCGUUUACUACAUUGGUGGACUUUCUGGAGAAGCGAACUAGGGUUCUGGAAGCUGUGCAGUCUAACUCGAGCAAGGUCGGCAGUAUACAGCCAAAGGUGCAGGGGAAACGUGAAAGAUUGACGGUACAUGCUUCCACAGAGAGCGGAAGAAUUGAUCCCACUUGUCAGUGCUGUGGCGAGCAGCAUUAUUUAGUCCGGUGUGCGAAAUUCUUAAACUUUGGGUUGAAGGAGAAACUCGAUUUUGUUAACAGUAAGCGGUUGUGCAGCAACUGCUUCAAAAAUGGUCACUGGGUUCGUGACUGCAACUCCAAAUUCUGCUGCAGGUCAUGUGGAAAGAAGCACAACUCUCUGAUUCAUCCCGGGUUUCAAGUCAGUAGCGGGGGAAGCAACAACAACGAAUCUAACGGCAACACUUCAACAGCAAAUUCAGGAAGAAAGGAUAACGUUGCUAGAGCACACGUUGCAGCGGAAGCAGUUGAAGAACUUCAAGAAGAAGCAGCCGGUGAGACGACAGCUGGAUCGUACAGCAUUGGAGCGAAGCAGGGAAGCUUGAGUUCUAGUGUUUUUCUCUCAACAGUGGUUGUAGUGAUACGAGAUUAUAAUGGCGGUAAGCAGCUAGCACGUGCACUACUGGAUAGCGGAUCUCAAGUUAAUGUCAUGAGUGAACGGAUGUGUCAAAUGCUCAAACUGAAGCGGCGAACCAUAUGCGUUCCUAUAACAGGAGUUGGUCAGGCGGAAUCGAUGGCAAAACACGCAGUUACGACAACGAUCACUUCCAGACGAGUGACUUCGGAAUUGCCAACGGUAACUGUCCCAACUUCGCAUUGGAAGAUUCCAAGCGACAUUCAGUUGGCAGAUCCUCAGUUCAACAUGAGCGGCCGCAUUGAUCUGCUACUGGGGGCCGAGCAUUUCUUCGGUUUUCUAUACGAAAGGGAGAUGAAGCGGGUCACUUUGGGUCCGCAGCUACCAAUUCUUGUGGAUUCGGUGUUUGGAUGGAUCGUUUCGGGAAGAGAUGCUAGUCUGCAGCAGAAAAAAUCAGUACGGUGUUGCGCAGUGACUGCCCCGGAUAAGCUUGAAGAACUUCUUGAAAACUUCUGGAAAGUUGAAAGCUGCAAUGAUCAACCGGCUUGGUCAAAAGAGGAGCAGGAUUGUGAGGAAGAUUUCAAACGUACCCAUUCAAGAACAGAUGAUGGUCGGUACAUAGUGAUGCUGCCGAAGUAUCCAAAUUUCGAUAGAAUGCUGGGCGACUCUAAAGCGGCGGCACUGGAUAGGUACCAAAAAUUGGAAAAUAGGUUGGAAAGAAAUCUGAACAUGAAGGAACAGUACCACGCCUUUAUGAGAGAUUACUUGGACAUGGGUCACAUGCGAAAGGUGACGGAUAGGCAGUUGCAAGAAGAGGACAGUGGAAUGGAAGGGCUAUAUCAAUAUAAGGUCUUCUACUUGCCACACCAUGCGGGACCGGUAAUUCAAGACCAUCUGCUCAACCUGCUCAUUCGCUUCCGCAAGUAUGAAGUGGCGCUUGUUGGAGACGUGGAGAAGAUGUAUAGGCAGUUUCAGAAAAGUAAUCCAAAGUACGUUUUUCUACCAGACGAUGCACAUGAGCGACGGUUUAUCAUCACUGGCCAAGUUCUUUCCGUUAACCCUAUCCGAAAGCUUCAGAGACAGAGUAGAGGACUGAGUUUCCCAAGCAGUCCCAACUCGGAGUACAACAACAACAAAACUACAACAAACGAACCGAACGAAACGUUCUCUAAGGAAGAUCCAUUUGGUGUGUACGAGUUGCUUACUGUAACAUACGGGCUUAAGCCGUCGUCAUUCCUUGCAACACGGGCUCUACAACAGUUAGCAGUAGAUGAAGGAGUGGAAAGUUCACCAGCAAGCGUAGCGGUAAAGAAGGAUUUUUACGUGGACGAUUAUAUUGGAGGAGCUGCAAGUAUCGUCGAAGCCACUAACCUCAGAGAAGAUCUAACAUCGUUAAUGGCCAAAGGAGGAUUUCCCAUUCGUAAAUGGUGCUCAAAUCAUCCCGAAGUCUUGGCUGGAGUUCCAGAGGAUCAACUGGGAACAAGCCUCACAAUAACCUUUGACUUGAGCCCUGAUGAGAAGGUUAAAACGCUUGGAAUUACUUGGGCACCGAAGGUGGACCAACUUCGGUUUAUAUUCAAUAUUGAGAAUGAAGAAGGCGAAUGGACUAGGAGGCGAAUUUUGUCCGCUAUAGCAAGGCUUUUCGACCCUCUCGGAUUGAUAUCGCCUGUGGUGGUAACCGACCACCUAAUCAACCAGCAGUUGGCGCUGCUGCAUUCCGUAUGGGAUGCACCUGUCCCAACACAACUAGAGCAUAAAUGGGUGGAUUUCCAUCGUCGUUUAUCCAAGUUGACCGAAUUCAGCAUCCCCAGAUUCGCUUUUGUUGAAGAUUACGUUGAUGUGCAGCUACACUGUUUCGCCGACGCCUCGGAUCUAGCAUACGGUGCAUGUCUAUACGUUCGCUCUGUGGAUGGACGUGGAAACGUACGUAUCGAGCUACUCGCAUCGAAAUCUAGGGUCGCGCCACUGAAAAGGUUAACUAUACCGAGACUGGAACUGUGUGCUGCGAAGGAAGCUGCUUCUCUGUUCCAGACGGUGGCUAAAGCUCUUUCUUUGGAUUCAAUUAAUGCGUUUUUCUGGUCCGAUUCAACCGUUGUUUUGCAUUGGUUGAAGGCUUCCCCCAACACGUGGAAAACCUUCGUCGCAAAUCGUGUUUCCAUCAUUCAGACGGCGACAUACGGGCUUCCAUGGCAGCAUGUUUCCGGCAAUGAAAAUCCCGCUGAUUUGGUUUCUCGUGGAAUGUCCGUUGAAGAUUUCUUGGAAAGUCAGCUUUGGAAAUACGGUCCUACAUGGCUGAAGGAAGCACCGUCAAAAUGGAUGGUCGAAUCCGCCGACCUGAUCCCAACUGAAGUGGAACUAGAACCUCGUUUCGUAGCCUCAAAUAAUGUGGCAGCUAUGGAGCCGAGCUUCCUUUUCUCGCUUCGUUCAUCAUUCAUUCCUUUAGUCAGAUUAGUAGCAUUCUGUUUACGGUUUUUAUCCAAUUGUCGGCAGUCAAAUCACCGGAACACAUCACUAUUCCUAACUGCACCGGAGAUCAACGCAUCCAAUAACAAGCUGGUUCGCUUAGUGCAAGAGGAAUGUUUCGCUGAGGAAAUAAUUUCCUUGAAAAGGAGGCAUCAAGUACCUUCCAAAUCACCUUUGAAGCUUUUGUGUCCGUUCAUCGAUAAUGAAAGCAUUGUUAGAGUAGGUGGCCGCCUCCGUUACUCUCUUGAGGAUUACACCGUCAAACAUCCGGCAGUUCUUCCUCAAUCGCAUGCUUUCACCCGCUUGAUCAUUGAGUAUUACCACAUUCAGAUUCACCAUGGUGGACACCAAGCAACUUUAGCCGCAGUGAGGCAAGAAUUUUGGCCGAUUCACGGCAAAAGAGCCGUUUCUUCCGUUCUGAGAAAAUGCCAUCGCUGUUUCCGUUUCAACCCAAAGCCGAUUGAGCAGCCAAUGGGACAGCUGCCAUCUACGAGAGUCCGCCCCGCUAGGGCGUUUCUGGUAACCGGCGUGGACUACUGUGGCCCCUUUUUCCUGACACCUCCUCAUCGUCGAGCAGCCCCACCGAAGGUUUACAUCGCGGUAUUCGUAUGUUUCACCACGAAAGCGAUUCAUUUGGAGCUCGUUACGGACCUUUCAACAGCAUGUUUUAUUUCUGCUCUUCGGAGGUUCAUUGGGCACCACGGAAUCCCAAGCGAGAUACACUCCGACAAUGCCACCAAUUUUCAAGGAGCGAAGCACGAAUUGCAUGAAUUGUUUAACAGUUUAAACAGCAAAAUCGGUCAGCAGGCGAUUGAGUCAGAACUUUCACAACAUGGAAUCGAGUGGCACUUCAUCCCGCCCCGUGCUCCCAACUUCGGAGGAUUGUGGGAAGCAGCUGUUCGAUCCGCAAAGACUGCUUUGAAGAAGGUAAUCGUCAGCCAACUUACCCAUGAAAACUUAUCCACCCUGCUCGUGCAAAUCGCCGCAGCCCUGAACUCAAGACCUCUAGCCCCAUUAUCGGAUGACCCCAUCGAUAUCAAUGCCUUGACACCAGCCCAUUUCUUGAUCGGGUCCCCCAUGAACGCCCUCCCAGAUCAUGAUCUUACAGCCAUACCCUCGAACCGGCUUACACACUAUCAGCAACGACAGCAGAUGUUCCAACGGUACUGGCAGCGCUGGAGCCAAGAGUACCUUACCGGACUUCAGCAGGCGAACAAAGUCCAUCAACUGAGCCUCAUUCGCAUCGGCAGCAUCGUAAUUGUCCGGGAAGACAACAUACCACCGCUUCAAUGGCCUCUAGCAAGGAUACUUGAGAUACACCCUGGUACUGAUGGAGUCGUGAGGGUGGUUACGAUUUUGACAUCCAAAGGGACAUACAAGCGUGCAGUAAACCGGAUUUGUCCCCUGCCCUCCGAUGAUAUAAACGUCUAA